AUGCCGUACCUGCGGACCACAGGCUCCAACUGGCGUGGGUCCCCGCACAGCAUGGCGGCACCUGUACGACACAUGAAACGUACGGCGAAACAGGCACAUAGACCAACACACGUGUGGGGAGCCCUCCGCGGCCAGGAAAGCACCUGGCCGGCCUCGUCCACCAGCACAUGGCUGAACAGGACGGCGCUACUGCCAUUGAUGCUACUGCUAUUGCCGCCGCCGCCGCCAGCAUUGCCGGCGUCGGUAGUACACCACGCGUCCCUGAGGGCACACGAGUCUGACGGACAAGCAGCAGACGAAGUGUUUGAUCAUCUGGCCACCGUCGUGGGCGCCCUCCGCCAGUCGGGCGAGUUCAAAACAAACUGGUCAGAGCUUGGCGGUAUAGACCCAUAUGCAUGCUGCAUCAGCGGCGGCAUCAGGGGGUGGUUCAUCGGUGCUAAGACUGGCAACAUCGAGAAUAUUAUCAACCACGUCAAAACACGCCAGCACAUGAUGGCGUGCAAGCAAGAGACACAGCGGCUCACCCAGCAGGGUGGCCUUGUCGCGCGGCCCAUGCCACCACCUGGAGUGCGAGACGUCAGCUGUGCCUGGCCACCUGACAUGCGCAUGCAUCUAUAUGGCAUGUCGGACGAGGCGGCAGAGGAGGAGUAUCAGCGCCUCUACAGCCAGUUUCAGCACAGGCGCACACGUCGGCGAGAGCAGCAGCCCAAUGCCGUAGACAGUGGGCGCCGCAUCUUACCGCGCACUUCACCCACUCCUGCACCUGGAGCGCGCACCGUUGGUCCCAACAUGGAUCCGGAGGCACAGCGCAUCGUCAGCCCCGACGUGGCGACAUGGAUAUCAGCGAUAGCGAGUCUGCACCGCCUUUCAAACAAACAAUACAACGGUGGAGUGCAUCACGGGAAUGCAGGUCAAGUCGUGUCGCAUCACUUCUGGGUCUGCCCCGUGGCCCUCGGCACGGUGGGCCAAGUUGAAUUGAAGAUGGUGGCUCGGAAGUACGUCAGCCUUUACCUGUGCACGAUCGAGUUCCUGAGGGGUCGGCAGCCGAAAUGCGGCGGUCGCCUCAUCGAUGAGGCAAAGUACGUCAGCCUUUACCUGUGCACGAUCGAGUUCCUGAGGGGUCGGCAGCCGAAAUGCGGCGGUCGCCUCAUCGAUGAGGCAGUACGUCAGCCUUAG